GUCUACCGCGCACCGUGGCGAGAAAGUCUCGUGUUGAUUCGCGCCAUUCCUUUUACAAAAAUUCGUCAUAACGCGCGAAAAUAACAGACAAAAAAUUAGUUUCUUAUUGUGUUGCGUGUGUUUCUUGGUGUUUUAUGUGUGUGUACAAUAAGGAGAUAUACAAUAAAGGUCCCAACCGCUCAAGCAGGAAACCACAGUGCACGUAACGGUCCUUCUACUAAACGAAAUCCGGCGUUCCAUAUUUAAAAAAGUGCAUACGAUAGUGAAAAAUAAUUAUUAAAAAGUGGUCCAAAUACGACAUUCUGUAUUUAAAAAGUGUAUUCGAAAUUCGAAAAAAGAAAGAGUAGGAAAGUGAAAAAAUACGUUCUAAAUUUGAAUAGUAAAUGAAUGAAGAAUAAUUUUAUUUUCGUAAUCGGAAUUCAGAAUUCGAAGUUUUCAAAUAGUGUUCGAUAGUGUCCCAUAGUUUCGAUAGUGAUCGUUAGUGUUCGUAGGUGUUCGAAAGUGUUGUGUAUAUGAUGUGUGAGUAUGGGUGAUACGAAGCACAAGACCUGCGUGCGGGUAAACUCCGCGGACGACGAAUCACGCGACGAAGUCGACCAUGAUCUACCAAAGAAGAAUCCCUUUAUUAGGGGCUCCGACCCCCGCGUGGCGACGUGUCGCGGCCGCCUGCAGACGCGACGCUGCCAGCUCAACCAGGAGAUCAACAAGGAGCUGCGACUGCGGGCCGGCGCGGAAAACCUUUUUAAGGCUACAACGAACAGGAAACUCCGGGAGACGGUCGCCCUUGAGCUGAGUUUCGUCAACUCAAACCUACAACUCCUGAAGGAGCAGCUCGCUGAGCUGAACUCCUCAGUUGAGCUGUACCAGAAUGACAGUAAAGACUGCGUUAUGCCCAUGAUCCCACUGGGGUUGAAGGAGACCAAGGAGGUUGACUUUAGAGAACCCUUCAAAGACUUCAUCCUGGAGCACUACAGUGAAGAUGCGGCAGCUUAUGAGGACGCUAUCUCUGACUUCAUGGAUAUGAGACAGGCCAUACGCACGCCGGUCCGGUCGACGGCCGGCGUGGCGCUGCUGUUCAAGUACUACAACCAGCUGUACUACAUCGAACGACGGUUCUUCCCGCCCGACCGUUCACUUGGCGUCUACUUCGAGUGGUUCGAUUCGUUAACAGGAGUCCCGUCGUGUCAGCGAACGGUUGCUUUUGAAAAAGCGUGCGUCUUGUUUAACAUCGCUGGUAUCUACACACAGAUUGGCGCUAAGCAAGAGCGCGCCACGUGCGCGGGGCUGGACGGCGCGGUGGACGCGCUGCUGCGCGCGGCGGGCGCGCUGCGCUACAUCCACGAGAACUUCACCAACGCGCCCUCCGUCGACCUGGCCGCCGACACGCUGCUCGUGCUCGGCGCGCUCAUGACGGCUCAGGCGCGUGAGUGCCUGUUCGAGAAGCUACAGCUGCAGGCGCGUGAAGGUGAACGAGGGCGGGAACGGGAACUGCGCGAUGACCCCGACCUGUGCCUAGACCUGGCGCAGGAGAGCGCGCAGCUCAGCGCGGCCUACCGCCAGCUGUACGAGAAGAUGCAAACAGAAGGGGUAUUCAACUACGUGCCAUACUCGUGGGUGUCGCUCGUCCACGUUAAGACUGAAUUUUAUAAAGCGCUGGCGCACCAGUACUGCGCCACGGCGCUGCUGCACGCGGGCGCGCGCCGCGCCGCCCGCCUCGCCGCCGUCUACGCGCCGCGCGACGGCGCCGACGGUGAGUACUGCCGCUCUCUAAAACUUGACGAAGAUCUGGACCACACGGCGCUCGGCCGCGCGCACCUCGCUGAAGCGCUGGCGCUGUACGAGGAGGCCUUGAGACUGCAGAGGAUGUGCCGCGAGCUCCGCAACAAGGAGUCGCUGGCGGCGCUGGUGGGCGCGGCGCGCGACCGCGCGGCGAGGGAGCACGCGCCGCCCGCGGACGACUUCGCAGACCUCGUGGACGCGCCCGCCCUGCUGCCAUCAUCAAAAUUCCAGUUGGCUCUAACACCACCCGAUUUCGCACAGUACCGUGUCGAAGAUCUGUUCAAGUCCCUCGGUCCGAUCGCGGUGUUCUCCGCAAAACGACACUGGAGCGCGCCCCGCUUGAUACAACUGCAGAAACCAGACAAACGGAGAGAGACGAGGCGGGACCGGCGAAAUGGGAGAAAAGACGACGAAACUAGAAUAGAAAGGCGAGCAAGCGACAAGAGAGACAGGUCCGAAGACAAUACGACGUAUUACAACCAAAUAAUCAAAAGCGACGAAAAAUAUUCCGACGACUACGACAAACGCAGAGUGAUGAAACAAAAUGGUGUGUACAUAAGUGGCUUCGAUAAUAACUUCGAUUAUCACCCGAAGGUUUUAGAUGAUAAAUAUGGGUACAAGGAUUACGGGAAGAGUAAAAAUGGGAGGGAGAGAAGAACGGGAGAACUGAGGAGGGUUGCGAGCGAAUAUAACGUGACGAACUCGAACGACGAUGAAGGGUUUGGGUUCUCAGUGAGAGGAGACGCGCCGGUUAUGAUUGCUGGCGUCGAACCCAACUCUUUAGCGGAUAUCGGCGGUAUGCGCGAAGGCGACUUCAUAAUCUCGAUCGGUGACCAGGACGUGAAGUGGAGUUCUCAUGAAGAAGUGGUGCGCCUCAUCCGCGCCGCGUCCUCGACCCUGGUGCUGCGCCUCGCCUCGCCCAUGGACACUGCGCCGCGUCCCAAGGGCUCUGCGCGGGGCUCGGCCGUGGGCUCGCUGUCGGGCGCGUCCAGCGCCAGCAGCGGCUCCACGGCCGCCACGGCGCGCUCGGCCCGCCGCGCGCCCUCCUGGAACCCCUUCCGCCGGACCGCGCACGCGCCCGCGCUGUUCCGCUAG